AUGAAGACACUUGUCCUCCUCUCUGCCCUUGUCCUGCUGGUCUACCUGGCCCAGGCUGAUUCUCUCCCUGAAGGAACUGAGGAGACUAAAAAUGAGGAUCAGCCAGGGGAAGAGGACCAGGAUGUGUCCAUCUCCCUUGGAGGCCCAGAAGGCUCUGCUCUUCAAGAUGCAGGUAAGAGGAGGUUACUCUUGACAUGCUACAGUCAAAGCCAAUCCUGCAGAACACUAGAACGCAUCAGUGGGGUUUGCACCAAGGGUAGCAAAACCUAUGUGUUCUGCUGCAGCUGA